GUUUUCAUUUCGUUUCUUUUUUUUUUUUUCUUUUUUUGUUUAAUCAACUAAACUUGAUUCAGUUACUUAACAGACGACGGUAGUGUAGCUAGUUCACACUUCGACAUGAGGCUAUUCAGCUUAACUUACGUCUAUUUUAGUUAUUUACUAGUCAAGAUCCAGGGCUCUUAUGACGCCAAGGAAUAUCAAAAGAUCACAUUGAGUUACUGUGGGCCUGUACGUCUAGACGAUGGAUGGUGGUCAGAUUCUCAGACGACGUGUGCCAUUGAAUGUCGAGAAAGAUAUGAAGCAGACUGCCGCGGGUUCCUGUAUAAUCAGUAUAGUCACGUGUGUGUACCAUCCUCUGGACUAAGCGGUCAUUCUGACCCACCUAUCGAAGCAGAAGGGGAGUUUUACUUUGCGUCUGACUGCAAUGCUUACCCUGAUUUCUCGGUGUAUCUUGGUCUCAGGUAUGCUCUCAUUAACAAAGAAAGAAGCUACGAACUUGCUAGAAGCACCUGCCAGUGUCUCAACGCUCGCCUGAUUGUAGUGGAUAACAUCAACAGCUGGAACGUCCUGUGGCUAGCCGCCGGCUUGAUCAACAACGUAUGGCUGGGACUGGACGACAUCGCCCAGUCCGACCACUUUGUGUGGUCCAACGGUCAACCCCUUGAUCCCAUUUGGCGAAGCCUGAUUUUCUAUCCUACGGAACCUCGUAAUAUUGGUGACUGUGUGUAUAAACUUGCGGGUAACUACUUUAUAAACACUACUGACUGUGCUAGCAACUUAACCUUUGUCUGUGAACAACCAUACUGCUAAAUGUAGGAGAGCUUAAAGUACUUGUCACAAUAAACAGAAGUCGAUAAAUACAAAGCAAAGUUUACUUUUCUAUGACGUCAUUUCUAUGUAUUACUCAUUUGCACCGCCCUGCACCAUUUAUUGGUGACCUAUUAUCCCUUUAUAAAAGAUCAUCAUUAUUAUCAUCAUCAUCAAACUCCAUUUGAGUGAGGGCUUGAGAGGCUUAAAUCCUCUCUUGCAAAAGCCCUGGACAGAAACCCUGCUGUCUUCCGUAGUGCAUAAAUGUCGCCAUACAGGUCGAGAAUUUUUGGUUUCCCAGACCUGUCGAGUCGGAGAUCAGCAAGUCUGGGGCAGCCAAACAGAAUAUGAGGCACGGUUAUCUCUUCUUCCCCGCAGCGGGGGCACCGUGAAUCAAAAUUUGGCCAUAGCCGUGAGAAAUAUGACAUGACCCAACAGGACAAUGGCCUGUCCUGCACUGUGCUAUAAUAGCUUGCUCAGGCCUGGACAGCCUCCACCACGGGGAAGUGCGGUCGGGGCGCCUCAUGCGCUCCCAGACUCCACGGGCUUUUUGGGACUUGUCCCAGCACUCAAACCACUUUUCCAUUUCUGUUUUUUUAAAUAUAGCCAUAAAAGAUGGAGCCUUCCACAAGUAUUUAUUCUAUGUAAAGGUUUUAAAAAGCUAAAUAUUUAGUCUGUUUGAUUGUUUUAUACAUGCACUGCAAUCAUACAAAGUUGAAGAUAAUUUACUUCCUAGUCCAAACCUCCCGCAGGACGACUGGGGAUGGCAGCGGGCAGGGUAUGAACCUGGGACUAUCGAGACAACCGAUAAACAGUUCAGCGAGGUACCUAACAUUAGUUGGGAUACUUUGUGGACACCCAACACUGAUUUGAGGAUUAGACCACUGUUUGCACUGCAUUCAACUAUGUGUUUAACAAAGAAAUAA